AUGAGCGUUGGCGAAGACCUCCUCUCCAAGGUCACGGUGACCAACGUGAUCUUGGGUGUGGUUGUCUAUGUGGUCCUUCAGUUUGUGCGCCAAAUCGUCUAUUAUCACUUUUUCCAUCCAUUGUCGAAAUUUCCUGGUCCAUUCUGGGGCGGCGUCACCCGACUCUGGAUUGCAUGGCAUAAUCUGCGCGAGACUGAAUUGCAGACCGUGUACGAUCUCACAAAGAAAUAUGGCCCCGUAGUACGCAUCACUCCCACCCUCCUGCUCGUCAGCGACCCCAAAAAGCUCCCCGACAUUUACCAUCGCAAUGCCGACAAAACGGGACACUACAUCACCGGAUCUUUCGGCGAGACCGAGUCUCUGUUCAAUAUGCGCUCCCACAAGACGCACGCGGCAUUUAGGAAGCACAUCGCAGGCCCAUACAGCUUUAGCAGCGUCAAGCGCAUGGAGCCGCUGCUCGACGCCCACAUUGAGCAUUGGCUACAGAAAAUCGACGAGAGGUUCGCCAGCACGGGCGCUGGCUUCGACUUCUCAUGGUGGGCAGUCUACAUGGCAUACGACAUCAUCAGCGAGGUCGGCUUCGGUGCGCCCUUCGGCUUUGUCGAGCAAGGACAAGACGUCGGCGGUCUAGUACAAGGCUUCCACGACGGACUGCCAGCAUUCGGUCUCCUGGCGCGCCUCCACCCCUUCACCAGCUGGAUGAAAACAACUUUCAUGAAGAAAUACCUAGUUGCGACUCCCCAAGACGACUCCGGUAUUGGAGUCCUCAUGCGCUUCCGCGACCGACUCAUCGACCAGCGCCUGCGCGAUCUCGAAGAAAAGAAGGACAUCGGCCGGAUCGAUCUCCUCCAGACCUUCCUCGAGGCCCGCACCGAGGAGGGCAAACCUCUCGACAUGGACUACAUUCGCGCAGAGGUUCUGUUGGUCCUUCUGGCUGGCGCCGACACCACCGGAACUGUCUUCCAGGCACUGGUGCACAACCUCAUGACCCACACGGAGGUGUACGAGCGCAUGAUGGCCGAGAUUGAUGAUGCUGCCCGAAAGGGUCUCAUCAGUCCCAUGGCCCAGUACCAGGAGAUCGUCGAGCACUUGCCCUACUAUGCCGCGUGUGUCCGCGAGACUUUGCGCAUGAACCCUGCCGCGCCGAACAUCUUCCCUCGAUACGUCUCCGAGCCGGGUAUCGAUUUAUAUGGCCAGUUUGCGCCCGCGGGCACGGAGAUCUCGUCUAAUCCGUGGAUUGUUCAGCGCGAUGAGGGAGUGUUUGGUGCAGAUGCGAAUGUGUUCAACCCGGAGCGCUGGCUGGAUCCGGAGCGCGCAAAGGUCAUGAAUAAGUAUAUGUUUACUUUCGGGUACGGGACGCGAGUGUGUUUGGGCAAGGAUAUUGCUAUGAUGGAGCUGUUUAAAGGUCCUUUGCAGCUCUUCCGCAAAUUCAAGCUUCAUUCGAUUGCGGGCAAGCCUUCCGCGCAUUUUGUGAUCAAGGGAGGCGUGGGAUUCUGGCGCGAUAUGUGGGUGACUGUGGACAAACGGGGGGCUGUGAAGGCGACGUAG